UCAAGAAUCCUUUUUGCAUGGACGAAGCCGGACCUUUUUGGCGAGCCACAGAACACAGGAAAUGAAACAAGAAUUCAAUCCUUGUGUGGAAGCUAUCUUUUGAUACAGUAGCUGGUUGUAAAAUAAUAAAUAGAGGACAAUCUUAUUCUCGUGAAGGACGGGACGACAAUGAUGAGGUUUCCCGGUGUCUUUUGCGCUUUGGCAGCUAGUAGCCUUCUAGUAGCCACGGUCCAUGCUUUGGAUACAGAAACAAACAUGGAUUCGUUGCUGCCUUCUCAUGGUUCCAUACGGCAAAGGCAAUUGACUCCGAAUUCUACCGGCACGAAAGCAGCGAAUAACGAGACCACUGCUGUUGGGGAUUUCUUCAAUUUCCGUGCUACCUACAAGGGUCGGUUCCAAGUGAUUGCCGAUGGCUGCGAAGGACCUCCUCCUGUCGUCCAAGCCGCCUGUGCGGGAAGCCAAAUCCAUUUGGUGUCGGUCAGUGAUGUGACUAAAAUGACCUGUACGCCUUCCUCCGACUUGCCCGAUGGAUUUGCCUCUGGAUUGACCUGUCGUACAUUGUGCGAUGAUGAGUAUCACGAAGAUUCGGAAGCGUGUGAAACUUCCCUCUAUCGCAAUGACGGAUCCUAUUCCACUUCCGAAGGACCCUGGGCCGAAAUUGUCUACGAGUGUCUUGGUCAAGAACAAGAAGAGGAAGUUGAUACAUUGUUUCGAUUCUUGGAUACCGGAAAUGGUACUUGUGCUUGGAGAUUUUUCUUUGACAAUCAAUUGUAUCACGUGGCACAACUCGGUGUCUUGUGUCAUAACAACGACAACAACAAUAAUAAUGACAAGGAUGAUAAUCAUCCUGUGGAUGGGAGUGGACAAGUGGCCAUUGGUCGGACCGAAUCCGUUCCCUCCUUUUCUUUUGAUCAUGCCUACUUUGAAUGCAGUCGAGGAGAUGAAGUCGCCACCCUGAUUGACUUUGAAAGUCCCUUUCAAGAUGAUCUUCUUUGUGCGGUAGGCCAAAACUGCCAUGGGGGCGACUGUCAAGUACCCUUGCAUACCAUGCACAUUCAUGCCGAUGUGCAUCAAUUUGACAAACACCAGUGUAGCACCGUCUUGGAUCCAAGUGCAGUAGCAGAAGAAGCGGAAAAAGAAGAACCAACAGCAACAGCAGCACCACCGGGGAACUACACGAUGCGAUUCCAAGCCGGAUGGACACUGCUCUUUAAGAAUCCCGAGUUUUGGUAUGAUUUGGGCGAUAUCGAAUGCAGCCUACCCGUGGUGGGUGAAUUCACCACGUUUCGGGAAAACAAUAUUCUGCCAAUUCACAUUACCUGCCCCAAUAAUGGUGUCAUUGAACGAGUCGUCGAAGAAGAUUCCUCGACAGUCCACUGUGACAAAGUGAAUCAAGAUACACUGGAAUGUAUCCAUGAAGAUGGUGAAGAAGAGGAUUUGACCGCCUACAUCAAUUCAUUUACGACAGUCGUCUAUGAAUGCACCACCACAUCACAGUACCCCACUACAACUGUGAUUUACCCCGCCAACUAUGUGACCUGUUUGGAUGACGUUUAUGAUGAUCUGGUCGUGGGACAAGCCUUGCAAAUUGGACAAUUUUGCCGUAGCACAGAGCACACCACCACCACCACCACUAAUUCACAGGACAGCAGCUACCGGUAUGAUGAUUUCUACUACGAAUGUGGACGGCAGAAUGACUAUCUUCUCUUGGAUGGCAAUGAUGGUGAUGUGGGAGAUCGAUUUACAUGUCUUGCUUCGGUCAAGGUUCCAUCCUCAAACUUGAUCAUGCCCAUUGGAGGAGUGAUCAUGACAACGGAAUGGCGCGACGAUACGACUGGCAACAGUCUUCCAGGUGGUGCCCCAGAUCCUCUUUGCUAUACAUAUGUACCAGCAGAAGAAGAUGCAGCAGCAGACACAGCGGCGACCACCAUAACAAUCAUCAGCAAUACCGGCACCGAUCCUGAAGUUCCAUAGGUUCGCUGGAUCGCUCGACCACCUCAUUACUAUAACGGGCACAAGCCCGGCCCGCCCAAUUUUCCUUUAGAAGGGCAACCUUUCUGGUCAAGCAACCACUGUCUGUUUGACGCGAGAUCGCCCAAACAAACAAACUGUACGAGUUGAGUUGAAUCAUGGCUAAUCCCUCCCAACGGAGCCCUCUCCUGGGGCGAACUCUUCAAAAGAGCAAACAUUGCAAGGGGGCAGCCACGAACCAUCGACCUACAAUAUACAUGAUGACGGGAAUAGUCAACUAAUCAAUGCAUAAAGUUAAGCAUUUUAAAUCAAGGCC